AGUUUCUGGCGCGAACUUCCGCCGUUCCGAAGUUGCACGGCGGCUUUGGCGCGAUGUCCGGGGAUAGCAGCGGCCGCCGGCCCGAUGGCCGGGGCCGGGCCCGUGACCCACAUCGGGACCGGGACCGCAACCGCUCCCGCUCGCGGUCCCCGCUGUCGCCCGGGUCCCGCCGGGGCGCCGCGUCCGAACGCAGGGAGGCCCCGGAGCGCCCGAGCUUGGAGGAUACCGAGCCGUCGGAUUCCGGGGACGAGAUGAUAGACCCGGCCACCUUGGAGGCCGAGGCGGACCAGGGCCUGUGCCGCCAGAUCCGCCACCAGUACCGGGCGCUCAUCAACUCGGUCCAACAAAACCGGGAGGACAUACUGAGCGCCGGCGACAAGUUAACAGAGGUCCUGGAGGAGGCCAACAUGCUGUUUAACGAAGUGUCCCGAGCGAGGGAAGCAGUUCUGGACGCGCAUUUUCUUGUUCUGGCUUCGGAUCUGGGCAAAGAGAAAGCCAAGCAGCUGCGCUCGGAGCUCAGCUCCUUCGAUAUGUUACGCUACGUGGAGACUCUGCUGACCCACAUGGGUGUUAAUCCGCUAGAAGCUGAAGAACUCAUCCGUGAUGAAGAUAGUUCUGAUUUUGAAUUCAUAGUCUAUGACUCCUGGAAAAUAUCAGGCAAAACAGCAGAAAACACCUUUAAUAAAACCCAUACAUUCCACUUUCUGUUGGGUUCAAUAUAUGGAGAGUGCCCUGUGCCAAAGCCACGUGCCGAUCGGGUGAGGAAAGUGCGGAUGAUAGAAGAAAAGAGAGCAAUGCCUGCUGAGUUAAAAAGAAUGGAAGAAUCUCAUCAAGAAGCAACAGAAAAAGAAGUGGAAAGAAUCCUGGGACUGUUACAAACAUAUUUUCGAGAAGAUCCCGACACUCCAAUGUCCUUCUUUGAUUUUGUGAUUGAUCCACAUUCCUUCCCCCGGACAGUAGAAAACAUCUUUCACGUUUCCUUCAUUGUACGGGAUGGCUUUGCAAGAGUAAGACUUGACCAAGACCGACUGCCAAUAAUAGAACCUGUUAAUGCUAAUGAAGACAAUGAAGGGAUUGAGCAGAAUACCCAAAUGAGGAAUCAAGGGAUUAUAGCGUUGAGUUACCGAGACUGGGAGGAGCUCGUGAGGACCUUUGAGAUUUCUGAGCCCGUAAUUACGUCCAGUCAGAGCCAGCAGAGGCUGAGCACUUGACCGGAGCUGAAGGACUCCAGUAGAUGAUGAAAUCCUAAGAGGAAAGUAGCAUGUGUUGUAUAUAUUGUAUUAUUAAACGUUUUUAAAGAC